AUGACAACAGUUCCAGGACAGUUGGUGUGGGAGAUAGUAAAGAGAAACAACUGUUUCUUGGUCAAACAGUUUGGUAGAGGCAAUGCUAAAGUUCAGUUCAGCAAAGAGACCAACAACCUCUGCAACCUCAACUCCUACAAACACUCUGGUUUGGCAAACAAGAAGACAGUGACCAUUCAAGUAGCUGAUAAAGAGCAAGGUGUGGUACUUGGAACCACCAAGACCAAGAAGCAGAACAAGCCUAAGCUCUCUGUUAACAAGUCAGUUCUCAAGAAGGAGUUUCCUAAGAUGGCCAAAGCUGUUGCUAAUCAGGUUGUGGACAACUACUACAGGCCUGAUCUGAAGAAGGCAGCACUUGCUAGGCUCAGCGUGAUUAGCAAAGGUCUUAGAGUCGCCAAGUCUGGUCCCAAGAGAAGAAACAGACAAGCCUGAAGAAUCCGUCAUUGAAUGAAUAUUUUAUUUCUUAUAAUGCUUGUUUCAGACAAUGCUUGUAGGUUAAAGAUUUCUCCUGAACAGCUGAGAAUUUUGUUGGAACCACCUCUCUUUGUCAUCUUUUUUUCACAAAAUUAUAUCAGA